UGGUAGAGCGUUGGAAACGAUCCGAAAUACUUCAGACUGUUCGUCAAAACUACCAAAAAAGUUAGCACCACACAUCAUGGAACAUCACGAGCGCACGUUGGCGUUGAUAAAACCGGACGGGAUGAAACAUCGAGACGCAAUUACGCGACGCAUUGUAGAUGCCGGCUUCUUCAUCGUUCAGUCACGAGUCUUGAAACUAACGCCAGAACAAGCUUCGGAGUUUUACCUUACUAAAAAUAACGACCCCAACUAUCGUGCCAUGGUAGUGGCCUUAUCAGAGGGCCCAGUCCAAGCGAUGUGCCUUUUCAAGCAACACGCCGUAAGAGAUCUACUAUGGUUGAUUGGACCCGAGCGGUACCAGGAUGCAGUGCAGAAUGCUCCUGGAUCUUUGCGUGCCUUGUUUGCCGAUAGCUGCGAUGAUCUGCGCAAUGUUGUUCAUGGAAGUGAAGAUGCAGCUAGUGCUCAGUUCGAGAUCCGAUUUUUCUUCCCAUCGUUGAUCUUGGAACCGAUUGGCAGUGAUGAACAGGUGGAACGUUAUCUAUCGGCCAUGGUUAAUCCGACAUUGAUGCAAGGACUGCAUUUGUUGGCAGAGGAACGUCCGGAGCAGCCUUUGAUAUGGUUGUCGGAAUGGUUAUUGGCAAACAACCCGUACAAACCUCGGGUAGAAGUGGGUGAAUUUAACUCUAAAAUUGAGAAAAAAUAAUUCUAUCAACAUUUGUAAAUUUUAAUUAUUAGAAUUUUAAUACAUUUAGUUGAUGACCACUUAA